AUGCUAAGAGUGACAGCUUUGGCUCUAAGAUUUAUACAAAAAAUACGCAAGUUACCUUACACAAAUGGAAGCUUAAAAAGUUCUGAAAUGAAAACUGCAGAAGAAAUGUGGUUACUACAUGUUCAAAGAAAACACUUUGCUGAUGAAUUUGAGUCAAUUAGAAGUGCAAAGAAAAACAAUCUGCAACAACAAUUAGGUCUUUAUAUUGAUGAAGUUGGACUAUUGCGAUGCAAAGGCAGAUUAGAGAAUGCGGAUAUCAAUGAAAAUGCCAAACAUCCAGUACUUCUACCAAGAAAAGAUCGUUUGACAUAUCUUUUCAUUGACAAAAUACACAAAGAAAUUCUGCAUAGUGGUGUUUCUCAAACGUUAGCAAAAACAAGACAAAGAUUCUGGAUUCCACAUGGUCGAGCAACAAAAAUGUCUGUUAUACAUAUGUGUACAGUGUGUCGCCGCUUUGACGGAGGUCCUUAUAAGAUGCCGCCGAUGCCGUCUUUACCUCCAUCUAGAGUGACAGAAUGUAGGCCAUUUUCACGAACAGGUUUAGAUUACUUGGGUCCUAUCUAUGUGAAAUCAAAUGAUACGCCAAUGAAAGUGUGGGUUUGUUUAUUCACCUGUCUCGUGACUAGAGCCGUGCAUCUUGAAGUCGUGCUUGAUAUUUCUACUGAAGAAUGUUUAAUGUGCCUGCGACGAUUUAUUUCUCAAAGAGGCACCCCUGUUCAGUUGAUCAGUGAUAAUGGUUCGCAUUUCAAAGCUGCCAGUUCAAUAUUAGAUCAAAUAUGGAACAGAACGCUCCAUAGUGAUGAAGUUCAAACGUAUGCGUCUAACUCCAGAAUCACUUGGAAUUUCAUUACAGAACUUGCUCCAUGGAUGGGAGGCUAUUACGAGAGACUCGUAGGCAUAGUAAAAGAGUGUUUCGAAAAACGUUAG